AUAAUUUAGAACCCUAGUUUCACUUCAUUCAAAAAACGCAGGCGCCGCCCAUCUCGAUCUCCCUUCUCUCCGUCCGGCUUCUCCACUCAUCUCGCCAGCCGGCAUAUCGUCGUUCGGCGUCCACCGUCGCCGCACCCGCGAGUUCAGCGUCCGCGAGUUCAGUCAGAACACUACACCAUCGCCGCGAGUUCAGCCACCGUUCGCCGCGAGUUCAGCCACCAUCGUGACAUUUUCUGAAGGAACGAGUUAAUACGUGCUGCCCUUUACCUUUUCCUUCAAAUUGAUAUAAAGUCAGGGACAACAAGGGCAGCACGCGGUACAACUCUAAAAAGCAACUCUACGGUUCCACCAAACAGAAAUCAAGUUGAGGAUUAACAAUUUCUGCCACAGCCAUGGAUGCGGCGGCGGCGGAGGAAGGCGGAGCACCGCUCAGAACUCGCCAUAUUAAAAAGAGAGCUCUCAGGAACAAAUCACUCUCUGUAUCUUUCGACGAAAAAGAUCUCAAAGAUUUUGUGGGUGGUUUUCACAAGAGGAAGAAGAAGAGGAGAAAAGAGGCCUUGCAGCAGCAAGAAGAAGCUGGACGCCGCAAGCGCAUUGAGCUGCGCAAAAAGCGAAAAAUGGAAAGAGAAUUUGUUAUGUCUGGCGGAGCUCCAACAGAUUCGGGUGCUGCUAUUGCGAAAUCUGAUGAGGAACUCGAGCACGAAGAGGAUAGUGAACCAGUUGCAUCAGUUUCAGGGACCAUGAUGUAUGAUAACGAUGACGUGCAAGUCAUAGUGACUACAAGUGAAAUAUCCCGGGACGAAGUGUUACCAGCUGAUAAGUCUGAAGUAGGAAGAGCUCCAUCUAUGGAAGGAUCUGAGAUGAGCAAGCAGAAAACCCCUGUUAUUAGGAAGAAGCAACUGAAGAAGGCACCGAUGAAGAGAUCUCGUCCAAAGACACAAAGGAAAAGAGAUAAAAGGAAGGGAAACAAAAAGGAGAAAAGACACUAGUACGUAUGAGCUAGACUUGGCCUUAUGUUAAUGAUCUUUCGAUUUGCCCACACUAUUUGUUGGUUCAUAUGGUGGCAAUUUUUAUUGCAGAAGUGAUUAUUUCAUUUGUUAAUCUUAAAAUGAAAUUAGAACAAAUUUGAGCAAAAGGCCUAGUUGCACUAACUGACUGGCAUUCAUGGAGUCAUUUGGGGACUCUUGAAUCCUAGAGUCAUCAACUUAUGGAAAUGGGACACUAGAAUUCAUGUGAGAAUACUUCAUUUUUAUUUUUAUUUUAUUUUUGUUUUGAUGAUGAUAAGAAA